CGGGGUAUUCGGAAAGUGCGUUGCAUCUGAGGGUCAACUUGGUAUUAUGUCUAACCAGGCGGCUACUCAUUGUCGUGGGUUACAGUUCGGUGCAUUCUCUAAUGAGAUUCAAGAUGUCACUCAAGCGUGUGAAAUAAAUCAUUCUGCCGAAAUUAUACCCUGCAUAGCUCAAUUAUACCGAAAUGAACUCUUCAGUGAUGUUACUUUGGUUGUUCAAAAUACACACUUUCCUGCACAUAAAGCUAUAUUAGCAGCUCGUUCCGAUUAUUUUAGAGCAUUGUUUUAUGGAGGAAUGGCAGAGUCUAGCUCAAGUGUUGUGCAUCUGAACGACAUUAAUGUAAUUGCUUUCAAAAAUAUCUUGCGUUACAUGUACACUGGUCAAAUAAAGCUAAAGAAGUCUAAGCUUACUCUUGAAAUCUUGGGCCUUGCUCACCAGUAUAAUUUUCACAGUCUAGAAAGUGCACUGUCCACGUACUUAACACAUUCACUCUGUCUAAAGAACGUAUGGUGUGUUUUUGACAUGGCUGUAAUGUACAAUCUGGAUGGACUUAUUACAGCCUGUUUAAGAUUCUUAGAUUGUCUUGCUCCUGCUCCUCUAUGUGAUCCACGCUUCCUGAAGUUAUCACAGUCGUCUGUUGAACGUUUGCUAUCUCGUGAUAGCUUUUAUGCUCCCGAAAUCAAGAUAUUUCGUGCUGUAUGCGCUUGGUUAAAGCAUUUUAAUAAAGUUAACAAUGAAACAGCUGAUAAAUCACAUUUGUCAGAUAAUCCUCAGUCAGAUGUUGAUAAUGAAGUGGGACAAGAAGAGUUAUCAAGUGAAGUUAAAGCAGAAAGCAACAACUUGUCAUUCUCAGCACUGUUAAAUUCAUCAGUACAGCAAGAGAAGAAAUCAUCGAACAGAGAUGUCGACAGUGAUCGAGAAUCACUGAUGGCGGUUACUUCAGAAGAACUUCGUAAUCAUCAUAUGAUGAGUCAGUGUGUUCGAUUCGAAUUAAUGUCACUUACUGAACUAUUAACUGAAGUUCGUUCAUCGAAACUUGUUAGCUCAGAAGAAUUGUUAGAUGCUAUCAAUCGACAGACUAAUUGUCCUGCUGAAGUACCUCAUCGUGGAUGGCUUUUACCAGGUGUGAAUUUGGCAUCACCUCGUUUCGGAUGUACCUUGAUCUCUGGUGAACAUGGAACUUAUCCACACUUUUUUGUUGAAAAUCCACUUGACUUAGAGGAAUCCAAUGAUGCUAAAUUGAAUAUUGAAUCUCUGAGUCUAAAUGAACUGAACUGUCAUGAUUCAGACUAUUCAGAUAGAAAUGAAGAAGACGACGAUGCUGUGGAUGAUAUUGACGAUGGAGAUGAGGCAGACGACAUCGGUGGUGGAGGAGGAGGGCAUGGUGAAGCAUACAGAUGUCAACAACAACAACUACGACGAAGAAACAAUGACGAUGAUGAUGAUAAUACUCACAUGCCAACUAUAGAUAUGUCUGAUGUGGCAGGU